AGCCCGCGCCUCGCUGUUCGGGGGCGGUUGCUAAGCGGUGCGGUGCGGGCCUAGGCCGCGGCGGGCCGCCAUGGCCGCCUCCCCGAGCCCGGCGGCGGACGGGCCGUGCGUGCUGUGCUGCGGCGAGCUGGAGGUGGUGGCGCUGGGCCGCUGCGACCACCCCAUCUGCUACCGCUGCUCCGUGCGGAUGCGGGCGCUGUGCGGGGUGCGCUACUGCGCCGUAUGCCGCGACGAGCUGGCCCAGGUGGUCUUUGGAAAGAAGCUUUCAUCUUUCUCGACAAUAGUACUCAACCAGCUGCAGCAUGAGAAGAAAUAUGACAUUUAUUUUGCUGAUGGAAAAGUGCAUGCGCUUUAUAGGAAACUACUACAGCACGAAUGCCCUCUCUGUCCACAUGUGCAGCCAUUCAAUACCGUUGUGGAGCUGGAGCAGCACAUGAGAAAACAACAUGAACUCUUCUGUUGUAAAUUGUGUGUCAAACACCUGAAGAUCUUUACGUAUGAACGUAAGUGGUACUCUCGCAAGGACCUGGCUCGACAUCGAAUCCACGGGGACCCAGAUGACACAUCUCAUCGUGGGCACCCCCUGUGUAAAUUUUGUGAUGAGCGUUACUUGGACAACGACGAAUUAUUGAAACACCUGAGACGAGAUCACUAUUUCUGCCAUUUUUGUGACUCAGAUGGUGCUCAGGAAUAUUACAGUGAUUACGAAUACCUCCGUGAACACUUCCGUGAAAAGCAUUUCCUUUGCGAGGAGGGACGGUGCAGUACAGAACAGUUCACUCAUGCUUUCCGUACAGAAAUAGAUUACAAAGCUCACAAAACAGCCUACCACAGCAAAAACAGAGCUGAGGCCAGGCAGAACCGGCAGAUAGAUCUUCAGUUUAACUACGCUCCCAGACACCAGCGGAGAAAUGAAAGUGUUGUAACUGGAGAGGACUACGAAGAAGUGGAAAGGUAUAACAGACAAGGAAGACCAGUUAGAACAUCAGUCCGAGGAGGACAGCAAAACAGAAGAGGCAGCUGGAGGUAUAAGCGAUCUCUGGGUGGCCAGACUGAGUGCUUUGGAAAAAGGAGAGGGGAGGAGGAAGACCGAGACAUUGCAGCAGCAGUCAGGGCAUCCAUAGCAGCAAAGCGACAAGAGGAAAAGAAGCGGGUAGAGGAUAAAGAAGACAGCAGUCGAGGGAAAAAGGAGGAAUUGAGAGAUGCAGAAACUUCCAAUGCGAAGCGAGUGCCAAAGCCUUCAUCUGAAGCUACGGUUCCAAAAGAAGCAGCUGCUAAUGGUCCUUUAAGCCAAGAUAACUUUCCAGCAAUUGGCUCGGCAGUGGGAUCCCUUCAAGGUUGCAGCGCUGCUCAGCCGGUGUCUGUUAAGCUGAAGGAAGAAGACUUCCCGAGCCUGUCCUCUUCAGCAGCACCCACGGUCUCGACUGGGCUGCCUCUGACAUACACAGUUACUGCAAAGAAAACAGCCUUCCAGGAGGAGGACUUCCCAGCGCUAGUGUCUAAAGUCAAACCUACCAAUAAAACCGUAUCGAACAUCACAUCUGCAUGGAACAAUGGUUCUAAUAAAAACGUGGUUAAAGCCAUCGGUUCUAGCAGCUCCAGUUCAAACCAGCUGGCCAAAAAAGCAGCUCCCCCCAACAGCAGUAAAGGAGGCAAGAAGAGCAAUAAAUCCCCUCAGUCGGAUGAUGAAGACGCCGGCAAUGGCUUGACAACCCAGAAAAUCCGAAACGCACCAACAAUGGUUGAUGUGUCCUCCUUGCUGGCAGCUUCUACCUCACAGACUUUUACGAAAGUGGGCAAGAAAAAGAAGGUGGGGGUGGAGAAGCAAAGGCCACCCUCCCCGCCCGCGUCGGAGGAAAACUCCCCACCUGGAUCUUUGGAGAAGGUGGUAGAAGCCAAACAGAUGCCAAAUGCCCUUGCAAAUGUUCAGGCCCCAGACCGAUCUGCGGCAGUCAUGAAUGGUCACUCAGAGAAAUCGGUAGCAGUUUGUAAUACACCCAAAGAGCCACCUGGCCUUAAAAAGCCUGCAGCAACUAACCAGUGCCCUUUACCUCAGGAAGACUUCCCAGCUCUCGGGAGCUCAGGACCAGCUAGGAUGCCACCGCCAGGCUUUAACUCCGUGGUGCUAUUAAAGAGUCCGCCUCCAGGGCUGUCGGUGUCUGUUAGUAAACCACCUCCGGGGUUUCCUGUUAUUCCAUCCACCAACGUCUCUGAACCUGUCACUACAUCUCUGAAAGAGCCAACCCCCUCACAAGGAACUUACUUGAUACCUGAACACUUUCAGCAAAGAAACAUCCAGCUGAUCCAGUCUAUAAAGGAAUUCCUUCAGAGCGACGAGUCCAGAUUUAACAAAUUCAAGACUCACUCUGGGCAAUUCAGGCAGGGUCUGAUGUCCGCGGCGCAGUAUUACAAGAGCUGCCGAGACCUGCUCGGGGACAACUUCAGGAGAAUCUUUAACGAGUUGCUGGUGCUGUUGCCGGACACGGCUAAGCAACAGGAACUGCUUUCUGCUCACAACGACUUCAAAGUCCAGGAGAAACAAGGUUCCAACAAACCCAGGAAGAACAAAAAGAACGCCUGGGAAACCGACACCGGCGCCGACCUGGACUGCUGCAUCUGCCCCACGUGUAAGCAGGUGCUGACGCACCAGGACCUCGCCACCCACAAAGCUCUGCACCUCGAGGACGAGGAGUUCCCGUCCUUACAGGCAAUCAGCAGAAUCAUCAGCUAGCUCUCCCCAAGACCAAUAAAACCGUCUCGAUUGUAUAUGUGCACUUUCUGGAGCAGGGGUUGACACGUAGUGCAGCUGACUGCCUGUGCCAGUGGAGUAGUCAUAGGUUACCAUUAGAAGGCUCGGUGCGGUGCUGUCGAGGGACCGCCGGGCUGCAGCACGACCUAAAGAACAUCCGAGAGGUUAGCUUCCCAGAAACACCCGGCUGGGAAGAGGCUGAAACAGCAGGCUCCUCAGGCAGGUUGGUCACCUUUCACCUUGCAAGAUGCUGCAGCUGAGGAAACCGUUUGAUUUGGAUGUUAGCAGAGCAAGCCCAAUACAGAAACGAGAGUCUGUUCUUUUAAAGGGGGGAGGGGGAGAUGUCUGCUUCCUGGUGGUAGAAACCAGUGCAAAGGGCUGCAAAAGAUUUUGUUUUUUCUUUUUUCUUUUUAAUAUUCUGGUCUGCGGUUACAGGCUGGUGCUGUGACCACAAAGAUUGAGGGAGCUAGGUGCAAAGUAGAGGAGGGCAAUAGGAGCUGCUCACUGGUGUGUCAGACCAUUACAAAUGCCCGUCGUAAUCACCCGGCUGUUUAUCUAGCAAAGAAGUGCUCCUGUCUGAACACCGAGAUAAUUAUACUACUUGAAUCGGACUGAUCUCCGUGUGAUUAAUUGAACGUGAGAUUUGAAGUUGCCUCCGACCUUUUAUGUAACCGUUUUCGUUUAUAGAAACUGAUUUUUGUAGGGCUGCAUGUAGACUAAUAGUGUUCAAGGCUUUAUUCUCCGUAAAGCACAGCUCAUUCACCCUCCUUUUAUUUAACGACUGCCCUGUUUCUAAUUUCUUGGAUGUGUUAAUGGUAUUAGCUCAAAGCAAAUGGUAUAUUGGAACAUUAAAUGCUGCUGCUCACUGACCAUGUUGUUAUUCUGCAGUGCCUUUAAGUGCAUUUAUCUGUUUACAGUGGUCUGCACUAAAGAGGAUUAUUUGUUGAGAGCUGUAUGGAGUGUUUACUUUCUAUACCUCCUUUGGCGACAAUGAUCUGAAGUAGCUGUGCUUCUGCCCUUGGCAUCUAUAAAUUCCAGCUCUAGAAGACAAGAGGUCUGUUAAUCAUUUGCAACACCUCCUCCUUCGGUAGCUUCAAGUUGAUGGAGAAGGGAGUAUGUCCCCUGUGGUGCACUUUCCCAGCUGCAGCUUCCUAAUGUCUCAUCCAUACCACUCACGGCAGACCACCACUAAUUGUCCUUGAGUAGGAAUUAGGAAGCCAUUUCUGUAGUUUCUGGUGACAAAACAUUACUCUUCCAUAAGCGUCGUGAAUCUGUGCUCGUGCUAUUCCCGAGGCCUUCGUCCCGGCUGCAGAAAUCUGUUUUCCUUGCCUUCCCCUCUCUGAUUGAUUUUGUUUGACGCCAAACUGCAAAGAUCUUUGGGUUUAUUUCUUACCAAGUACUUAGGCCAUUUUUGAAUACCUGAUCUUGUAUCCUUAGUCACGGGGGGUAGGCUCUAGCCUCUGAAAUGAGGACAGAAUGUGAUUUUUUUCCCCCCCCCCUGCCCCCCAAGGUUGCAUCCUGCUGCAUGAUUGUGUCUAAUAAGCAUGAGUACGUUGCACAUGGUAAGGUUGUUGGUUGUAGCCACGUUGGUCUAAGGACAGGCAGGCACAGUUCUUUGGGUAGAUGUGGUGAUUUUUUUUUAUUGGACCAAUGAAAUAGUUGGGGAAAAGUUCUUUUGCAAGCUUUUGGGCACAAACUCCCUUCUUUAAGCAUUGGGAGAGCCUGAAAAAGGGUGUUUGUGUCCAAAAGCUUGCAAAAGAACUUUUCCCCAACUGUUUAGCUGGUCUAAUAAAAGAUGCCACAUCUACCAAAGAACCGUGCCUGCCUAUUGCACAUGGUAGUGCUUUUCAAAUAUCCGUUCCUGUCUUUUGAGUCGGCUGGCCUUGAAAUAGAGCUGAGCUUUCUACACCAGCGCCACUACCACAACUAAAGUACUCUUACUAGGAAAGCACUUACCUGCUAAUAAUCUGUUCUGAGGCUUGCUGCCUGUAGUACCAUAGUAAGCACUUGAUCUACAAUGUAAAGAGUUUUCUCUCCCCUUGACUCUCUGGCUUGUAAAGCUCCGAGGGGAUGCAAUGCAUAUGCUUUUGAAGGAGCAUCCUUCCUACCCCUUCCCUUUACUUUCAGUUAGUUUCUUCCACGAGUUACUUGCUCCCCCUGGUGAAUUGAGAACUUGAAGUGCUGCUGUAACUUCCUUGCAGUGACCAAUUUAUCCAGCCUGAUGAUGCCAUUUCAUUGUUCCUUGUGCACACCUCAUUAAAGUAUUACUGAUUUUUGUUUUUUCCAGGCCA